UGUGGCGACUGCACGAGAGCAGUUUGAGAAACUCCAGAUGAUGCACAGCAACAUGGAGAAGCAGUAUGAAGACUUGGGAAAAUACUUUGUGUUUGACCCUAAAAAGAUGACACCCGAAGAGCUCUUCGGAGACCUUAACAACUUCAAGAACAUGUUCCAGCAAGCUGUGAGUGAGAAUCAGAAACGUAAGGAAGCAGAGGAGAAGAUGCGCAAAGCCAAACUGGCGCGAGAGAAAGCUGAGAAAGAGAAGGAGGAGAGACAGAAAAAGAUGAACUCUGGACAGAUGCCCAACAUGAAUGACGCUGGUGAUGAGACGGGUAUCAUGGAUGGCCUGUUGGAGGCGCUGCAGUCAGGAGCUGCUUUCAGGAGGAAGAGAGGACCUCGGCAAGCAGCCAAUCGACGAGGGGCUGGUCAUGCAGUCACAAACAUUCUAGCCAAAGAGCUGCUGCAGGAAGACCCCAAACCCAGUGUUUCAUCCAAAAAGAGCCGAUUGGAAACUGAGAGCAGGACGCCAGUCGAGACGCCGGAGGACGCAGAGUCAUUGGAGGAUCUUCUAGACGUUGUCCCACCACGCUCUAGUUAGGAAACGAAUUAGGAAUGAACCCUCACUACUCUGCUUAAGGAGUCAGGGGAUUGGACAAAUAUUGCUUGGGAGGCCAAAUGUGAGGGCAGAACCCUCUUAUUAAGUUCAAGCCUUUAUGGCUUAUGAUUGGCCAAUUUCACUGUGCAGACAGGACUCUGUUGUGCUCUCAUUUUCACUGAAGCUUUGCGUGACAUCACUGGCCCUGUCACGCCCUGUGCAUUUGCAUCAUUUUCAUUUCUCAUGUUCAUGUUUCAUGAAGAUAAUAGUUAAACCAAAAACAUUUAAAGAUCCACACACGUUCAGGUCAUUGUGCAUUCCUGAAACAUUCCUGCACUUACGUUAGAGUUCUUCAUGUUUUGGCAAUUUUUUGUUAGUAUAUUUUGUGUACACAUCACACUUUGACUUAUUCUCUAAACCAACUGUACCUACUAGGCAGAAGUAAAUGUUUGCAAAGUGUUUAAAAAGAACAUACGUUUAAGUGACAAGCAAAAGUGCCAGCUGACUCAUACAUGCCUCUUAAUCUGUCAGCAAACUGUCCAUUAGGAGUGCCUUAUCAAAUCAUAGUCAUCCAUCCAGGCAGUUCAGUUUCCUUCUCUUGAGUGUGUUACCAGGUUAAUGAAGGGCUGGAACCUCAUCAAAAGACAUGUUUUCUCUUUUUCAUUUCCAGCUGUUUUACAGUUUGACAUCUUUUUAAAAUUUCGGUCCUCUAGAAAGUGCUGGCUGCAGAACUCUCGACUAAAUAUAGGCUAGUCUCUCAUUACUUCACCAUGGUCACGGAGCCAGUUUGUGCGUUUGCGCAACUGCCCUGUGUAAUUACUGCACUGCACCAACUCUCAUAAACGUUGCAUCUCAUAAACAUUGUGUUUGGGCAUUCAAAGGCAUUGAGACAUAUAUAUUUAUAUACUCAAUUUGUAGGUUCUAGCACUUGAUUUAAUGCCCGGAAAAUGCUUUCUUAGACUAGUCUGCCAAUUGCGUCUUAAUUUAAAUGGCUGUUGUCUUUAUUUGUGCCAGAUCAAUAGUUUGGUGGCUUGCAGGAAAGGAACUCAAGCUGUCGCCAGACCACAGGUCCAAACCGCUAACUGUUGUCUUUGCAUUCUCUAGACAUGUGAACAGAGGAGUCUUAAUACUUCAGCAUGCAUUGAUUUUGGUUUGGUGCUUCCACCCUGCUGAAUAUUUUCUGCAGGAACGAUGUAGCCAAUGUACAAUAUCUGCUGUUUUCUCUUUGUCUGUAAAGGCCUGGAAUGCCAUUUUUGGACUAAAUUAAACAUUUGAACAUACAUUAAUCUCGAUAUUGAAAGACUUAAACACUGGAUGUCUGAACACACGGUGAGAAACCUAGAAGAAUUCAGGGUUUGUGGCUACACUUAUGCAAAUAUUUCUAUACAUGGACAUUGGAGAACUGCUGUAGACACCAGGCUUGCAGGUUUCUGUUAAAUAUCCUGAGAAGUAGUCUUCCAUCAAAGAGAUUUUACUGUAUGGAUGAUAUAUGUAAAAAUGAUAAUGUCCUUACACACUGUUCUGAAGCUGGUGUGAAGAGCACUUUGCAAUUGUAGUCUGGAAAUUUAGCCAUAAAGCUGCAUUUGGUCCAUCUUGGUAAAAUCAUCCUGACUUUCACAGUCUCUGGCUUUGUGUCUCGUUGUCUGAGCAAUUUAUUCAUGCCUCAAUUUCCAACCAAAAUAUUGGUGGAUCAUCUCAUUGGUAGAAUCGGCAGCAUUGAUACUAGUUUCACAUGGUUUACCCAUGCUAUUACAUUCCAAAUCUAGUUAUCUUUAUCAGUAGACCACACCCAGAAGCUCAAUAAUGCUUCAUCAUACUAUCAACGGCGGGGUAAAUCCACACAACCAAGUGAGGUUGAUUUUACCAGGCUGUGUAUGUUCAUUUGGAUGCCAGAUUUUGUUGGAACAUUCCGGAAGCCAAACAGCAGCUCUAGUUGUUGAUAUGCUGGAGUUUAUAUAAUGAAAACCUGGACCAACUUUUACUGAACAACUGAACAUUUUUUCUCAUACUUAUUAUGUGAUUAAAUAAUGUUCAUGCUGGGAUGAUUAGAUCACUGGAAUAAGGGAUUCAUAAGAUUUGCUCUUUAUCCAUUUUAAGGACAGAUUUUCUAUAGAAAUGUUUUAUUGCUGAUUGUUUUAUUUUAAGAUUAAUGUAAUGAGAAUUUGGUCGUUUGUGUGUAUAUUGAAUUAUCUUUAGAGUAUUGAAUGUUUCUAAUUCUGUUCCUCCCUAAACCCUUGCGAUUAAAAAUGCUUU